AUGGAUUUCCUCCCCUUCUCCCCUUGGAUUCUCGCCGCCGCCGCCGGUCUUGUACCAGUCGUAACAGCUGUCACUAUGGGUUUAUUCAACAGCAAGAAUCAGAUGCCUGUGGAUGGCAAGACCAUCCUGUUGACCGGAGCUUCGGAAGGCAUGGGACGGAGUGCAGCAUGCCAACUCGCUGCCAAAGGUGCCAAUCUGAUCUUGGUCUCCAGGACUGCCGCCAAGCUAGAGGAAUCGCUCGCCGAAGCCAAGAGUGUCGCAAAGAAUCCCCACACCCAACGUUUCCACUACAUCACCGCCGACGUAUCCAAGCAAGACUAUGCCCGCGACCUGAUCGCCCAAGCCGUCGCCUGGAACAAUGGACAACCUCUCGACAUCGUAUGGUGUUGUGCCGGAAAGUCAACCCCGGACUUCUGGGUUGAGGCUCCCCUAUCUUUGACGAGAGAACACAUGGACCUCAACUUCUGGGGAAGCGCCGAGAUGGCUCACGCUAUACUACGCGAGUGGACCGGCCCCGAUGUCACCGUCGUUCCAGAGCCCAAGCAUCUGAUCUUUACCUCGUCUGUUCUCGCCUUUCUCCCUGUCACUGGAUACGGUCCCUACAAUCCAUCGAAAGCCGCCCUCCGAGCCCUCGCCGAUACUCUGGUGCAAGAGUUGGAAUUAUACCCACAGAAGGUCAAGAUUCAUGUCGUCUACCCGGGCAGCAUUUCCAGUCCCGGCUUCGAACGCGAGAACCUCACAAAGCCCGAGAUUACUCGCAUCCUCGAGGACGGCGACCCUGUUCAGACCCCGGACGAGGUGGCAUCCAGGGCUAUUGCAAGCCUAGAGAAGGGAGCAUAUUCCAUCACUGUCAACUUUUUUUGCACCGUUCUUCGAGUCCUUGCGCUGGGGGGCGCCCCUAGGGAAAAUUGGAUACUCGACACUAUGCUGUCAUGGGUAUUGCAGGUCGUCUAUUUCUUCGCCCUCAUGGACAUCUUCAGCAAGAUCAGGAAAUUCGCCAAGAAAAACGGACAUCCAGUCAACUACCGAAAAAAGACCAAUGGACACUGA